UGGACACCUAUCAAGCCACUGCCAGCUGCCCAGAGAGCAUUGACCACCGUGCCACUGCCACCUGCCCAGAGAGCAUCGUUCACUGCCUGCUACCCUCACUUUGCUAUGCCUGAGGUCCCAGCUGCCGGCCUCUGGCCGUUCCUGCUCCUGCUGGCUGUCCAGGUCAGCACGGUUGCCAGCUCGACCCAACCCUGGCACUGUGCGCCCUGCUCCGCAGAGAGGCUCGCGCUCUGCCCACCAGUGCCCUCCUCAUGCCGGGAACUCUCCCGGCCUGCUGGCUGCGGCUGCUGCCCUAUGUGUGCCCUGCCUUUAGGCGCUGCCUGCGGCGUGGCCACUGCACGCUGUGCCAGGGGACUCAGCUGCCGUGCACUGCCGGGAGAACCUCGGCCCCUGCACGCUCUCACCCGGGGUCAGGGCGCCUGCGUGCCUGAGCCUGCCACCCCCACCGCUAGUGGACUCUCCAGCAUUGAAAAAGAAGAAGCGAAGGCCUCCAUGGUCCCCGAGAGAGUGCCUCCUGAGAGUGCAGAGAUGACUGAAGAGCAGCUAUUAGAGAGUUUCCACYUAAUGGCCUCCUCCAGCGAGGACCAGCCCAUUCUUUGGAAUGCCAUCAGUACCUACAAAAGCAUGAGGGCCCGUGAGAUGGCCGACAUAAAAAAAUGGAAGCAGCCUUGCCGACGAGAACUUUACAAAGUGCUGGAGAGAUUAGCUAAGGCACAACAGAAAGCAGGAGAAGAAAUUUACAAAUUUUAUCUGCCAAACUGCAACAAGAAUGGAUUUUAUCACAGCAAACAGUGUGAGACAUCGCUGGAUGGAGAGGCAGGACUGUGCUGUUCUUCAAAAGCUCAUGCUUCUGUUUAUAAAGARCAUAGAGGGCUACUAUCUAGAAGAUGCAGAAGCAAAUAGGAGGCAGUGGUCUUCCAAGUGGUUUAAAGGACAGUCAACCUGUAUUUAAGAAUGAUUKACUUGGCACAUCCCACGGAUCCAUGUCUGAUGUAAAUUUUCAUGGAAAGUUGAAAAGUUAAAAUGUUGAGUAUGUAAUCAA